UCUGUCACGUUCAGCCAAAAUUAUCAGAAUGAGUUCAAAAUUAAUAUUUCUGCCAUGAAUAUAUAAAUAACAAACGUUGUAUUUAACAACACUACAUAAUAAGGUGUAAGGUUUUUUAAAAAUCAGCAGUAUGAACGAUUUUAACAAUUUCGAAAAAACAAUAGUGCGUGAACUGUCAUGUCGUUUGUGUUUGUGCAAUGACGUUGUGAAACUCAAGCCGCUUAACACAGAAGUGAGACGGAAAAUCAAGAGGCUCUUCGAUGUCAUUGUGCGCGCAGAUGAUAACCUUCCAAAAGCAAUAUGCCACGAGUGUCUACAACAAGUAGGCGCGAUGCAUCUCUAUGCCGUCAAGGUUGAGAAAACACAAAAAUUCCUAGAUUUUCACAAACUGAAAAUCAUUGAAGAAAAUCGUGACCACCAUCCAAAUGAAAAUAGUAUGCAACCUACCAUAGCAAGACAAUCGACCCAUAAACUUACAGAUAUAUGUAAAAAAGCAACAAAUGUUACAAAAUCGUCCCCCACAGAGUUCCAACAAAGUGACGCUAAGGCAACGAAACCGAAGAUUCCAAAGAAAAAAUCCCCAUCGGAUAUGAAAUUCAUGGAGGCUAUGCCUCUAGAAGAAUUUGCAAAAACAGAAAGAGUAGAUAAAUCUUUACUAAAUAGCACCUCAUCAGCUAAUAAGUCAGUUGUACAGAAUUUUAUUACAAAAGAAGCAAGUAAAAAAAAGACUACUUUACUAGAAUCAACAGAUUUAGUGAACGACUCCUUAGAUUCCAUAGUUCUAAUAGAUGGCAAACCCGAAAAGCAAGGAGCGGCACUUGAUAAACAAAUUACACUAUUUUACCAAAUGCAAUGUUGUAUCUGCCACGAGAAAGGUUUUCAUUUCAGAUCUUUGAUGAAGCAUUAUAAAGAUAGACACGGCGUACCUGGCUAUGUUACUUGUUGCGAGAAAAAAUUCCAUUACUUCUAUCCGAAGAAGAUUAUCGAGCACAUGGCGUUCCACCUUCAACCAAACAUAUUCAUGUGUCCUAGUUGCCAUCAAAACUUUCAAACAUCUCAAGAACUCGUUGAACACCAGAGUAAUGGAGGACGAUCAGAAGGCAAGAUAAUCUGUCCGCGGUGUUCCGAGCGCUUCCCAACCUACCACGAGCUGGGCUGGCAUGUUAUAACACACCGUACGGACAAACAGCAAUGUGAUUAUUGUGGCAAAAUGUUGAAACACCACCAUCGCAAGAAAACUGUGAAUCACAUGGAAGACGUCAUACUAUGUUCACAAUGUGUUCGAACAUUAAAAAAUAUAGAAAAACAAGAAAAAGAUAUUAAAGAAAAAGUAAAAGCAAAGAGCAACGACGCCAUUACAUUGCAAAAGUAUCAGAAAUUUAGGCUGGCUAUGGGACUAUCAGGCGAAGAGGAAGCAUCAACAGAUUGAUAUUAAAGAUAUAAAAAAUAGUAAUACAUAAGUAAACCUUCUAUUAAUAUGGUUAAAAAUAUAAGUCUACAAUAUAAUAGUAUAUCUACAAUAAAACUACUUACUUCAAAU